AUGAAGAUAGCGGAAGGAACCGUAGCAGUUAAACAUACUGAUACAAAGAAUCACACAAUGGUGCACAGUGGUGCGUUAGUUUCGCACUAUCUGCUGCGACCAUUAUCUUCUGCUGCCGCUGUCGUCGCUGCUGCACCCGUAGCAACCGUACUGGACUAUAGCAGCAGUUCAUCGAAACCGUUGCCACGGUUAACAUCUGUAGGGUCGUGCGUGAAUCUACCGUCUGCGUCAAUCGUACCAAAGCCUUCUAGGCCAGCGCUUGUCGCGUUAUCGUUGCUUUCGUCGUCAUUGUCAUCAAACAGUUUACUGUACCAACAACAGAAGUCUACGUCAAUUUUAAUCGUUUUGCAAAGAAAGUUGCCGGAGAGGGAAAAGGCUACCCGCAAGCAGCAGGGUAGACUGGUUUACGAAGCCCACAGUCCUUAUCGAUCAGCCGUAGUACGAAAGGUUUCGCCACCAUCGAAGAUCGAUUGCCGGCCUCUCAAGUAUAUUGCCUCCGGUGCACUAGGCCUAGGUAUUUAA